AUGGAUGAUAGAGUUGUAUUGAAGAUUUAUUAUUACGGACAGAUCUUAUUACAAACAUAUGAGGGAGUUCAAUUUGUGUGUGAAAAUCCAUUAGAUGUUGUUAUUCCGUUCACAUUGUCAUUUGAGGAGUUGAAAGAUGUGAUUUGUGAGAAGAUAGGCACUCAAAGAUGUAGGAGGAUAUCGUGUAUUUUGUACAGGUAUCUUUUACCUGUGUUUGGUGGGUUUGUUCAAUUUCAGACCAAGUAUGUGAUGGACGAAGCGAGUAUGCAGGAAAUGUUUUCAAUGUACAUGAAAAAUCGCCACCGAAUGUCGUGCAUCGAGUUAUAUAUUGAGUUUGAGCAAUCUGAAGCGGACCGUAACAUUGAAUUGGAAGAUUAUAAUAGUGAAAGCGAAGAUGAAUUUGAAAGUAACUAUGAGAUCGUCGGUCCAGGUGAGGACGAAGAAGCAGCUGGCGGCGCCAUGAACGCAGAUGUGGCGGAAGUUGCAAAUGCACUAGCAAACCCGCAUCCGUUUCAAGAGCCUUCUUUCAUGCAGUCGUUGGAUUUGGGGGCUAUGCACGCACCGGAGUUUCCGCAAUAUAUGAAUCCAGCCCCUCCUGUUGUGGCGGAUGGUGAGUUCACAGUGGGGAUGGAAUUCAGUUCAAGGGAGGCAGUAAUCAAGGCAAUGAAAGAUUAUACCAUCCGGAGAGGUGUGGACUAUCGGGUAUAUGAGUCGGAACCGACGACAUUCUAUGCCAAAUGCAUAGAAUAUGGGAAUGGUUGUGACUGGUUGAUCAGGGUAACCAAAAUGCAGAAGAAGUACUGUUGGGAGAUAAGGAGGUACAAUGGAAGUCAUACUUGUACCAGGUCUACUAUUUCUCAAGACCAGUCGAAGCUGGAUUCCAAGACAGUUGCAGAAGCAAUAAAGCCGUUGGUAGAGGUUGACCCGUCUAUAAAGGUGAAAUCAGUAAUUGCUGAUAUUCAGUCAAAGUUUAACUACACCAUCAGUUAUUGCAAGGCUUGGUUAGCAAAGCAGCAGGCGGUCGAAUCAAUUUUCGGAAGUUGGGAAGCAUCGUAUGAAGCUUUGCCGAUAUGGGCCUUCAGACACUGCAAGCCAGUGGUGCAGGUGGACGGGACUCAUUUGUAUGGAGAAUACAAGGGUUGUUUAUUGGUUGCAGUCUCACAAGAUGGUAAUAACAACAUCGUGCCUAUUGCAUUUGCCAUAGUGGAGGGAGAGACUUCUGAUGCAUGGCACUUUUUUCUGAGCAACCUGCGUCAACAUGUGGUGACCCGUGAUGGUGUCGGACUAAUCUCCGAUCGACACGAUUCGAUUAGGUCAGCUAUUGAACGAAGUAAUGGGGCGUGGUCUCCUCCAAGAGCUUUCCAUAUGUUUUGCAUCAGGCAUAUUGAGUCCAACUUCUUGAGGAAGUUCAAAGCACAUUACCUGCAGAAGCUUAUCGUCAACAUUGGAUACUCGAGGACGACCAGGGAGUACCAGAUGCGCUAUGAACGAUUAAAGGAACGGGGUGAGGCUUACACCAAUUGGCUUGAUCGGAUCCCUUGUGAGCAGUAUGCUUUGGCAUUUGAUGGUGGUUACCGAUGGGGUCAUAUGACCACCAAUCUUGUGGAAUGUAUCAACUCCGUCUUAAAGGGUGCACGCAAUCUCCCAGUCACUACACUUAUUAAGGCGACAUUUUACAUACUGAAUGAGUUGUUUACUAGGAAAAGAGCUGAGGCUGAAGCCCGAAUCAGUGCUGGACUUGUAUUCUCUAAGAUGGUGACAACCAAGCUGAAUGCAAAUCAAUGA